AGUUUGGUUAUGAUUUGCUAAAGCCUCCCAGUGGCUGGUUUUCUUUACAGUUUUUUCUUUCUGCCAAUCUGGUUAAGCCAAAAGCCUCGAGAGAAAUGGAGAAGAUGGUGGUGUUGAGAUCCAUUUAUAGAGCAGCAUGUUUGAGAUCUUCCCUUUUUGCAACCGCCACCGCCGCCGCCAAUCAAAACCGCCACUUUGGUUCCCGGAGUUUCUUCUCUGUCUCAUCACCUUCCGCCUCUAAUCCACCCAGAAACCUCCUUUCUGGUGGCAGGUCUUCCUUUGCAUUGAGAUUAUGUAGCAUGCGCUAUAUUAGUGAAGAUGUAACUCAUAUGCCUGUCAUAAAAGACCCUGAAGUUCAGAAUGUUUUUAAGGACUUAAUGGCUGGAAGUUGGGAUGAGCUUCCCUAUUCAGUUGUACAGGAUACAAAGAAAGCUCUGUCCAAAGAUACUGAUGACAAAGCUGGCCAGGAAGCUUUGAAAAAUGUUUUCCGCGCUGCUGCAGCAGUUGAAGAGUUUGGUGGUGUUCUAAUGAGCAUGAAAAUGGAACUUGAUGACAGCAUUGGACUGAGUGGAGAGAAUGUAAAGCCUUUAUCAAGUGAGUUUGUGGAUGCACUUAACACAGUUUAUCAACGAUAUACAACUUACUUGGAGGCAUUUGGUCCUGAUGAAACCUAUUUGCGAAAGAAGGUAGAGACAGAGUUGGGAUCAAAGAUGAUCUACCUAAAGAUGAGAUGUAGUGGUCUUGGUUCUGAGUGGGGAAAGAUUACUGUUCUUGGAACCUCUGGACUUUCUGGAUCUUAUGUGGAGCAAAGAGCUUAACAUUAAGUGUUGAGAGAGUCCAAUAUCACUGUGAACUUCAUUCUGUUUUAGAUCAUGUUUCUGAAUAGUUGGAGACAGCUUGGUGUCGUUCUCCUGCAAAAACCUUUCCGGUUGGAGUUGCUUGGCAGCUAAAUAAAAGGAUUAUCUUUGUCAACAGUAAAUCAAAGUGUAACAUCAUUUUUC